AUAUUUAUACGUUAAAAAAUAGUAAUAAUAUUUAUAAUUAUUUAGUGUACUGUCUCUGGGAAUCUCAUAGUAAAUUCGAUUGGACGCACUAUUAGCGCGCAUGCAGGGGUGCACAGGUAUUAAAAGCCGUUGUAUCCAAAACAACGUAAAGGUAUAAUGUAAAUUUUUUAGGUUAGAUUAGUUCACAGUGACUUAAAUGUGCCCCUUUAAUGUGUACGCUAACGCAGACCAAUCGAAUUCGCUAUUUAAAAUAUAAUUAAAAUUUUAAAUUACCUACGUAUUGCACGAUUACUCGCGCACGCGCGCGUCUCAUCCGGAUCCGCGCUGAUUACGUCUGUCGUCUGCAACUGUCAACAGUGUCAACCUCUGCGGCUCUGCGGUCUGCCGCAGGUGCAAGAUUCGCCGGAAAAGAUGCAACAAAGUUUGCUCCUCUAACAACGUCGUCGGCACGCGCGUGAAAAUGCUCAUACGAUAAUUCGGGAACACGUGGCGCAGAUCUAACACGAUUCAUCCGCGAAACGCUUUUAUCUGGUAUGUUUAUUGGCGGUCGAUCGCAUAGGUUAGCAGGAUGAAGAACCUCAUUGGAGUCUUGAAGAUACUCUUUCUAAAUCACGCGCGCGGUUUGUCCUACACCGUGACGAUCACGCUCUUGCUGUGCUACUGUCUCCAUCCGGCGCGAUUCGCCUCUCAUUACACCUUCAUUAAGACAGAGAACAUCUAUGACGAAAUGGAGAGAGCAUACCCACCGAAAGAUAAUUCCUGCGUGAUUUCUGUUAGUGGUAGACGGAGCUCCUCCCAGCUGCUCUACCCGGAGGAGCACUCCAGGGAGGACCCAGUGGCGAUGGCACGUCGACUUGGUAUCCUACCGGGCGGCCAGUGGAAGCCCCUCAAUUGCCACCCUCUCUUCAACGUAGCCAUCAUUUUGCCCUAUCGCAAUCGACAGAGUCAGCUUGCCGUAUUCAUGAAUUACAUACACCCGUUCCUACAGGCGCAAAACCUGGACUACCGAAUAUUCGUUAUCGAGCAGAGCCCGAUGCGCGAGUUUAAUCGCGCCAAGCUUUUCAACGUCGGUUACGCCGAGGCCACCAAGAUCAACGAUUUCCACUGUUUUAUUUUUCAAGACAUAGACCUGAUACCACAGAAUCCUGACAAUAUUUACGCGUGCACCAAGAUGCCUAGGCAUAUGAGCUCUAGUGUAAAUACCUUUCGAUAUAAUCUGCCCUAUACUGGCCUGUUUGGGGGUGCAAUAGCAUUGACGAGGAAACAAUUCGAAAGAGUAAAUGGAUUUUCCAAUGUUUUCUAUGGUUGGGGUGGAGAGGAUGAUGACUUCUACAGUCGUUUGCAGUCUAGAGGUUUUCAGAUCACACGCUUUGGGCCUGACAUAGCACAGUAUUAUAUGCUGACACAUAAGAAGGAACCUCCCAGUACUAUGAGAUUUGCAAAUUUGGAAAGCGGUGCUCGAAGAUACGACACCGAUGGACUUAGCAAUCUGGAAUACAGAGUAUUAAAUCAUCAACUGCGACCAUUAUAUUCUUGGAUUUUAGCUGAUGUGUAAUUUACAAGUUUUUUAUCUAAUAUUAGCACAUAUUUUUUUUAAUUAAUGCAGAUCAUGUAAGUUAUUAUAGCACAUUAUAUAUUUUCUAGUAUUGAUAAUUUUUAUCUUUCACAAAAUAUAAAUUCAACGAAUAAGUAUAAUUGUUUUGGCAUGCUGUGAUAGAGCAUAAGUUAAAUCUUGUAAGGAUAUCUUUUUAACGACUGAAAUAUUCCAUUUCCAUGUGUUAAGAAUUUGAACAAAGCUUACAAUAAAUAGAUUUCCUAGUAUGUAAACCUAAAGUUUUUUUUUUUGAUGGUAGAGAUACAUAUGUAAUAAAUGUAUAGUUACAGUAUUGAUAAGAGUUAAAGACUGUAAUCAUCACAUAUAUAUAUCUUAUUUUUAACUUAAAUCGAGAAAGAGCAAUGUCAUUUAUAUACAUAAUACCAAAUUAUAUUGUCUAUAUUAUAUUAUUUAAUUUUAAUAUUUUUGUGAUAUUUGCCAUGUAAAAAAUUGCAGUUAUUUAAUGGUACAAAUUUACUUUAGAUAUAAACUAUUGUUGUAAUUUUUAAUCAAUGAUUUACCUCAUAUUCAAAGAAAUUCUGGUCCUUUUAUGUCGUAAUAUAAUAUAGCACAGUGUGUUCUUUGUAUUGACUUAGGAUACUUUAGUAUUACUUUAGAUAAUAUUUUCUGUUAUAAAAGUUUUGAUGUAGUAUUGCAUAAAUAUUUAAAUAUGAAUGAAUCAGAAAGAUCCUUCAAUAUUGCUCAGUCUAAUGCUUAAUACCAAUUUAUUACACAUAUCUGGUUUCUUAUAAAUCGUGAGUAAACAAAGUAUAAAUGUAAAUUCCUGUGUACAAUGGAGGAUAUUGUUAGAUAUUAGAAUUAGGAAUUAGAAUUUUAGAAUCAUUUUUCUCAUUGAACACUGCGGAUAAAUAAUAAAUUAUGUUAUAUGUUAUACGACACAGUUAGACCUUGCAUCUUAUUCAUAUUGAAGGUGCAUUGUUUAAUGUUCAUUGCAGAAAUUGAUUUUAAAAUUCUAAUAUCUUCCUACUUCCAAUAUCUAUAAUAUUCCUCUAUUGUGCGCAGGGUCUAAUAUUUUAUGGUUAUGUAUUUUCUGAAUAUAACGAAAAAUGUUUCUUAUUGUUAAUAACAGAACAAUACUAGUAAUUUAAGUAUAGCUAUAAUGAUGAAUUCUUGUAAAACGACAAAACAUAUUUAUUACUUAAAGAGAACAUUAUUAUGGAAAAUAUUAAGAUUUUAAAAACAGUAAAAUCAUACGCGCGCGUAUCUCUUUGCAUACAGUAUUUAAUAAAUACUUAAAAUAAUACUUACAGAAAUAUGUUUAAAAAAUGUACUCUAACGUUUUGUUGUGCUUACGAUAUGAAAGAAACAAAUGUGUUUUAGCAUUUCAGUAUCCAAAUUUGUGAAUUUCAGAAAUCAUUUGUUGUAUAUUAUAAGUAUAUCCCUAUUUCUAAGUUAUUCUUACAAUCAAAAUUUAUGUAACAGUUCUAUAGUAUAUAUCCGAUAUUGUUAUUAAAAAAAAAUUUAAUAAAAAUAAAUUUAUAUGUAAAAAUUAUAAAAAUUACACAAUAUAUUGUGAUGUAAUUUAUAUUUUUUAAUGAUUUUUUUUUUUUAAAUAUUAAAAAUUUUUUUGUCGAAAAAUAUUUUGUAUUUUUUAUUGCCAAUAUUGUAUUAUUUGACAAGUCAUUUUUGGAAUGAUAAAUCAUUCUUAGAAAAACAAGAAUUUUAGGAUAUUUUCUCGUUAGGAUAGUCAAAUAAAACAAUAAGUUUUGUGAAGUUUAAUCUAUUAUAAAAAAUUCACGUUCUCAAUAUGCAAGUAAUAGCGCUGCAUGCACAUUUAUUAAUUUUUCUUAAUCUAUUGUUUAAUACAUGAACAUCGCACGAUGACUUUAGAAAAAUAACAGUAAAUUAUAACAAUGAUGUUAGAGAAAUGUAUACAGCAAUAAAUAUGCAUUACUAAUAUGGUAAAAGUCCUAAUAAAAAAAA